UUCCAUUGACUAUCACAGCACCUUACAAACUUUUAUGACUAAUAUUGACGAACAAAUCAAUAAAUUAAAUGAUUUACUAGCCGCAAUUACUAUCGAAUCUGAACCAGAGAUAGAAGAAAAUAUCGAAAAUGAUAAAAUAGUCCUUGACUAUAGUAGCGACAAAAAUUCCUAUAAAAAUUAUACAAAUACAAAUUAUACAAAAACUGAAACUGAGGAUCAACCUGAAACAUCACGAAAACGUGAUUUCAUUAACUAUAAAGAUGGUCGACUAUUUUUUGAUGAAUACUUAUACAAAAAUUCGUAUACACCUCGCAAAGAGGGAGGAUGGAGUAAAAUACCUCAAUCUUACAUACCAAAAUAUUCCACCACCAGUUUUAACAGUCCUGACAUUUUAGACCUUGAUUGUUGCAUCAAUCCAUUAAAAGAAUUAGAAGACUGGAAAAAUGGAACAUGUUUAUUAAUACAAACUUACGAAGAUCUAAAAAAAAUACAACCUAGCGAAAUGUUUAAUUUCUUAAUAUAUAAAACAACUGGGGCUGUUUAUCAUUAUCUUAACAACAUGGAUAUUCCAGCUAAGACACUAUUAUAUGGAACAGCAGAUGCUACAAAUACCUUUGAAAAUUUUUUAAAUUCAAUAACUUAUGAAUUCUUAGGACGACAUCCUCGGGAAAAUAAAACAAACACAACUAUAAGUCAACAAGCUAUUUGGCAUUUAACUAACCUUAGAAUCUACAACAUGUGCUUCUUAGAACCAUUUAUCUGUGAAUUCAGAACACACUAUUAUCAAGUUACCCCUUCAAUAAGGAAAGACCUAGAUAAAUUAUUUUAUGCCAAAUUACCACCUAUUGUCUCUGAAAAAAUCGAAGCUAUCUUUAAUGAGUCUUUGUCAAAAGAAGAAAUACCAGAUACAUUAGGAGGAAGAAUAUUAGUUCUACAAGAAUGGCAUAAAAGAGCUUGUAAUGAAGAAAAGUUAAAGAAACAAGCUAAAAUUAAACUCUGUUGGGAAGAAACAAUGGAUAGAGUUGGAAAAUAUGGGUGUAAUAACGAUCGAAAGAUUACUAAAACUCGUAAAAAAUAUAGAGAUUAUAGAAAAUGGAGGAAAAUACCUUAUAAAGAAUAUCGAAAAAAUAGGUUUAAAAAACCAAGUAAAUAUUUCAGAAAUAGAAAACAAUUUAAACAAAAAACAAAACAACAAGAAUACUGUCCUGAAGGAAAGACAAAUUGUAGAUGUUGGUUAUGUAAUGAAGAAGGACAUUACGCAAAUAAAUGUCCUAAGAAAAAUACUAAUACUAGAAAGCAAGAAGUCCUUAGAUUAGCAUACGAUUGUGGUUUUGAAGUUCAAAACCACAAUCGUAUGCUAAUCUAAGGACUUCUUGCUUUCUAGUAUUAGUAUUUUUCUUAGGACAUUUAUUUGGGAUAAAUGUGGGAUCAAAGGCAGUUAUCCUUAUGGGAGUAUCAAACCAUGAUUAUCCUACCAGAGAUGACCUACGAGACUAUGAGAAGAACCCAGACUACCAAGUAAAGGGUCUUCUAGCAGUGUGCAGAGCAUUAACCAAGAUUGAACCAGAAAGUCAGAUCAAGGUCAAUUACAGCAGCCCCGAUGCCAUCAUCACCAGUAAAACUAGAGGAAAUAUGACCAAGGAAGAAUGGACAAUCAUAAUAGAUAAAACUAAAGAAUUCAUUGAAAUUAAUGGAGGGAGAGAGUAAACAUGCAAUUUUUAUGGCCAAGCCUUACAACUAGCAAGCUAGAGGGAGAGAGUAAACAUGCAAUUUUUAUGGCCAAACUCGUUCUGCCUUAUUUCAUUGCAAACUCUUGCUCUUAUAUAGAGCUGAGAGGGAAUACAAAAACGCCAUUGCUUACGUCUGUUAGACAGGGACGUAUAGCUAACACAUCAAAAGAAAGUGCGUGAAACGAUAAGAAAAGCUUAUAAAGUACAAUAAUGCGCGACUUUUUUAAAGGAGUCGGCCAACCUUCUCUUGUCGUUUUUAUCCCAUAUUUGUUUGAUUCCUCUUUAGUUUUAUCUGUUAUUAUUGUCCUAAGAAAAAUACUAAUACUAGAAAGCAAGAAGUCCUUAGAUUAGCAUACGAUUGUGGUUUUGAACUUCAAAACCACAAUCGUAUGCUAAUCUAAGGACUUCUUGCUUUCUAGUAUUAGUAUUUUUCUUAGGACAUUUAUUUGCGUAAUGUCCUUCUUCAUUACAUAACCAACAUCUACAAUUUGUCUUUCCUUUAGGAUAGUAUUCUUGUUGUUUUGUUUUUUGUUUAAAUUGUUUUUUAUUUCUAAAAUAUUUACUUGGUUUAUUACACCUAUUUUUUCUAUAUUCAUUAGAAGGUAUUUUCCUCCAUUUUCUAUAAUCUCUAUAUUUUUUACGAGUUUUAGUAAUCUUUCGAUCGUUAUUACACCCAUAUUUUCCAACUCUAUCAAUUGUUUCUUCACAACAGAGUUUAAUUUUAGAUUGGUUCUUUAAUUUUUCUUCAUUACAAGCUCUUUUUUGCCAUUCUUGUAGAACUAAUAUUCUUCCUCCUAAUGUAUCUGGUAUUUCUUCUUUUGACAAAGACUCAUUAAAGAUAGCUUCGACUUUUUCAGAGACAAUAGGUGGUAAUUUGGCAUAAAAUAAUUUAUCUAGGUCUUUCCUUAUUGAAGGGGUAACUUGAUAAUAGUGUGUUCUGAAUUCACAGAUAAAUGGUUCUAAGAAGCACAUGUUGCAGGUUCUAAGGUUAGUUAAAUGCCAAAUAGCUUGUUGACUUAUGGUUGUGUUUGGUUUAUUUUUCCAAGGAUGUCGUCCUAAGAAUUCAUAAGUUAUUGAAUUUAAAACUUUUUCAAAGGUAUUUGUAGCAUCUGCUGUUCCAUAUAAUAGUGUCUUAGCUGGAAUAUCCAUGUUGCUGAGAUAAUGAUAAACUGCCCCAAUUGUU